GUUACACAAUUAAAAACAAAGGCUCAUUAAGUGUGAAAGUAACAUCAAUCCAGAAAGCCUCACCUCCUAUAGCCGGCAGCUUCACUGUAACCUUCAAGGGUGAUACCACAGCAGGUAUAAAAGAAUAUUUUAACACUUUAUAACUUUUAUAUCAGCAUAGUGCCAAAUAGUGUCAGUUUAACAUAGCAGCAAUGAAAAUUCAUGAAUAAACUUCACUUUGCUGCAUGCAAUGUUUUUGCUUCCUAACUAUCUUGUUUUUAAGUAUAUUUUGUCAAAUUUUGAGUAAUUAACACCAAUGAAAGCAAUUGUAUCAAAAUUUGACUUGUAAAAGUGAAAUAAAUAUUAUCUGCCUUAGCCUGACAUAGUUAUUGAGUUUACCAUCUUAUAACCUUAUUUUUUACAUACCGUGUGGAAAAUGUCUUGUGAAUAGAUAAGUUUUUUAACUCUGUGGGAUAUGUGGAUAUAAAGUAUUAAAGAAUGAAAGCUUUGGUUGUUUGAGAUAAGUUCAGACUGGACAGAGCGUACAAAAUACUGCAGCGCAAAUUGUAUCACGGAUAAAGUAAUCUGACCACAUCACCCAUUUCUUAAAGAUCUUUACUGGGGUCCAUUGAGGGAGUGCAUUGACCACAAAAUUCAUUCUGUCUCUGGCGUACCACUGUAUGGAAGGCUCUGCACCUGAAUAUCUUAAAGUAGGGCCUUCUUAUUUCCAAACAUGUAUCUGUAGAGAACCUACGCUCUGCAUCACAGUCCUUACUGAGUAUUCCCAGUGUGGAUGGACACAGAAAGAAUUCAUACAGAGUGCGCUCUUUUGCAGCAAUAGUGCCGAAAUUCUGGAACAGUUUGCCUCAAUCUUUGAGGGAAAAUAAAAAUAAUAAAUCAUAUAAAAGAUAUUUAAAGACAUUUUUGUUUAAAUAUAUUUUAUGACAUUAGAGCGCAUUGAGCAUGCUAGAAUAUUAUGAAGACAAACACUAUACAAGUAAUCAAUCAUCAUCAUCAAUAUUUUUUCUUCCAUUGGACAUACUAACUAAAAUUUAAAUUUGUCUUUUCUGUCCUUUAUCAAAAUACAUUACUUAAACAUUGAAUGUAUUUGUAAUCAGUGGUGUACGAAGGGGGAUGCAGAGGGAGGGGGCCUCAGGCAGUACUUUUUUAUUUAUUUGGAGGUGUCGCAAUUUCAGCUAACUCCAAUUUUUGUGUGGAAGAAGGUGGAAAAAAAUUGGGUCAAAAAUUUUGACCCAACUCUUAUGGCCCUAACCCUUGAUAUACCACUGAGUGUAAUAUUUUUAAUGAAUUUUAACUCCCAGUUUUGAGAGUAGCUUAUUUUCAUUUCACCUCAAUAGAUUCUGUUUAAUAACGUAUCAUUGAAAAGUUCCAAUGUGACCGGCACCUUUAACUAAAACACAUUUUCAAAAGACAAUAUGUUUUAAUUUUGUUCUAGCUCUAAAUUGUAUUCACUUUAAACAACUUAUAUAUUUGAAUGUUUAUAUUAUUGUCAAAAUAUUAUAAAACACUUAUAAGACAUCACACUUGGCUAUACGCAAAACUCAGACCCCCAUUUCAUUCCCUAUUUAAAUAAAUUUUAUAAACAUAUUUCAUUUUGAAAUAAGAGAAUACCAGCUGGAAGUUCAAUUUGUGUUACUUCAAUUAUUCAAUAAUCAUUGAAAUCUAUUGCCAUUGACAAAUCCAAUAUUAUCAUUGUUAAAGGGUGUAAAUUUGUUUUUGACAGAGCCCAUAAAAAUUCCCAACAUUAUGUCUCCCCACAACCUGAUUGGUGGAUUAAACUCCAUGUCUGUUGGCUUCAGUGAUGUUGUAGCAACAGGAAAAUGUUCAGAUUUUAGUUAUAGGGUCACGAUGCUAUCACAGACUGGCGACCAACCUUUGAUGGAGGUAGGCUAAUGUUCUUUUUAAGCAAACAACUUAAAUGCAUGAUCUGGUGAUUUUAUUUCAUGUUAUUAAUAGAAGUAUUUUAAGAAAAUAACAUAUAAAUUAACUGUUGAUUUAUUUUGUUAUUGACUUUAAAUGUACCUGCUACGGAUUGUCUUGUUUGUCAGAUUAAUAGUAAAGGAGUGACAGGACUUAAUCUGAAUGUCACGGUACAAACUAUAACAGAUGGGGGCGUGUGGUUUGAUCCCAUCUCUGGAGACAUGUUGCGGACAUAUCACACCACACCUCAAGUGAUUGCAUUUAUUAACAAGGUUCCAACUCGCUGUGAAAAGGGAAUUUCUUGUGCCUUUUCUUGGUCUACUGCCCACACUCCAUCUAUAACUCAUAUUAACCCAACAUCAGGUAAAUAACUAGAAAUAUAAAAAAAAUUCAAAACCAAAUAACGUAUGUCAUUUUCAAUUACAAGCAUUUUUUUUUUUUGAGUAUUAAAAAUGUAUUUAUAUUUGUACUAUUUAUUUUUAAACAAACAAACAAAUGUUACAUUCAGGCUCAGCUGGAGCUUCAGUUCAAAUUUCUGGUAGUGGAUUUGAUGCGAGUAACCCUGGAAACAACCGAG